UGCAAUGGCGGAGGGGCGGGAGAUUGAUGGCCGCUAGGCGGGGCGGCCAUGUCAGAUGUCGAUCGAGGCCCCCUUUUUUUUCUUCUCUCUUCUUUAGAAAAAAAAGAAAAGAAAAAAACAUUUCGUGAAGGAAAACGGGAAUCGGGAGUCGAGGGACGACGACAGCGGGAGCGGAACCAACGCCCUUUGAGGAGCCAACAGCACAGCAGCAGCAGCAGAGAACCUGGUAUUGAUUCUUGAGCUUGUGCCAUUGACGUCAUCACUUUUUGCUCUACGCUCCCGCCACCACCCCCCUCCCAACCCCUCUUACGGUUCUUUUCCACCUCUCGGGCCAAAAAAAAAAAAAAAGAAGUGGAGGGGGGGGGGCGGGAUAGAGAAAACCGUUGGUAUAUAACACGGAAAAACAGCCAAAUAAGAAAAAAAGAAGAAGAAAAAAAGUAGGAGUUUGAGAGAUUGGACGUGGAAAGGUUGGAAAGGGGGGGGGGGGGGGGUUGGCGAUGCUGCAUGGCGUCGGCGUCGUGAUGAAGGUGCUCCCCCCCCCCCCCUACCGCCACUCCCGUCCGUCCGUCCGUCUAUAGCCUUCGGUGUAGUCGCCGUAUUUCCAGGCAGGUGCCAUCGGGACGUCGUUGAGUGCGCUUCGGCGUUUCCAGUGACUCCCGCACACACUCGAUCUCCUUGGGUCUUAUUUUCGAUCGUGAGCGAAUCAAACGAUUUUGUCGUGUUGUUUUGUGUGUGUUUGUGUGUAUGUGCGGACCAGUCAGACACUAUCCACUCCCCACCACCACCGCACACAACAUUGUCGUUUGAGUGUUGCGGUUGUUGUUGUUGUUGGUGAUUCAACCCCCAUUUGCGAUUUGCCAUCAAAGAGUUGUACAAUCACGGGCUGUGGGGUUGGCAGCUCCUCGGGACGGUGCACUGAAAUGUCAGCCAGGAUGAAGACUCUUGGUGGGCCAACCAGUGGUCUCCCUGGAUGCUGCAGGACUGCUGCUGCUGCUGCUGUCUCAAACACAAAGUGGCCCAGUGCAGUUGGAUUGGUUCGCCCAGUUGCCCAGCAUCAUCAUCGCCCGUCCACCCGAGUUGUGAGUUGUAGUGUCACGGCCACGUUGGUGCUGGCCGUCGUCGGAGUAGCCGUUAGGUCUUGUCCAGCCACCAGAAUCCCAAACAAGAAUGAUCUCGACCACGUCAGUCGUUGGGCCAGCAAGGUCGACGACGCAGCGCAAACGCCAACGAUUGGAUCAGCUGGUCGGCAGAAUCGCCCACUUGGUCGGCAGUGCUCCCAUUGGUAGGAUCACUAAUAGCGCUCAUUCCAGUGUCGGUUGUGGCGGUCCCGUCGCCAGGAACAAGAACCGCAACAACAACAACAUCCGCAGUAGUAGUAAUCAUAGUAGUCUCCGCAACAACAACAAAAACAACAACAACAACAACAAUAGUGAGCCGGAGAUAAUCGAAGGCAUCGAUCAACGCGGACGCAUUUGCGUCAGUCUCUCCGAGGAAGAAGAAGAGGAAGAAGAAGAAUACGAAGAAGAAGAAGAAGAGGAGGAAGAAGAAGAAGAAGAAGAACCCGUGUCGGUCAGCAUGGAGUCGUCGGUUGGAAGUGGCGAGUCUCCGUCGCCGCAGCAACAACAGACUUUGAUGUCCAUGUCUCGAUUGCGGAUGCGGGGCAAUUUGCGACACAUCCAGCACGUCCACCACCUGCAUCCGCACCAGCACAGUGGCGGCCAAGUGUUCAGUUUCGACCACGUCAUGCCGGCCGUCGUGGCAGCGGCCGUCUGCUCGGCCCAGCGCAGCGCCAGCAUGACGCAGAGCGACGAGGAAGGCGAGGAGGAAGUGUUCAGUCCCGGAUUGGGUCUCACCUCGUCCUACUCUGACCGGCUGAGUCAACUCAGCCCGUGCAGUCAGGGCAGUGCCACCUUCGUCGACUCGCCCAGCGGCAUUUCCUUCAGUCCGCUGAGCUUCGCCGCCGAACCGCCGGCCAACGACCAGACGGACCCGUCGGCCACCGCGUUCACUCGCAGCCGAUCGCUCACCGUGCCGGACGCGGCCACGCCCCUCAACUUGUCCACCAGCGGAGGAGUCAAGGAGAGAGGAGUCGCUCAUUAUCAUCAUCCGCACCAGCACCACCAGCACCACCAUCAUCAUCUUCAUCAGGCCAUCACUCCGCCUCACGCCUCCAGCUCGCCGUUUCAUCAUUACAUCAGCAGCCUGACGGGGCAGCCCAUGCGCCCGGCAGCUCCCGUCUCUGGCGGCUCCCUCCUCCUCGACGUGGUGGAGCCGUCGAACCGCAGACGGGCCAGGUCCGACUCGGAUUUGUGCAGUGAUUCCGUUUCGGAGCGACUGAUGUCCGGCGGUCAAGUCGAAUCCUCGUCGAAUCACCAGGCGACAACAACGACGACAACACCUCUGGCCGCUCCGGCCUCCUGGGUCCUGACGCCGGCCAUGUCCGCCGCGGCGUCCCAGUCGCUCAACGGCAGCAGCGGCAGCAGCAGCAGCGGUGGUGGCAGUGCUGGUCACGGCCACCACCAGCGGCUGAGCCGACUGGAACACUUGCGGCCGCCGCCGCUGAUGGUGUCGCUCAAGCGCAACUCGUCCGACUCGACCGACAGCUGGUCGCCGCUCUUUGGCCAGCAAGAGUCUCCCGUCGACCUGUCUGUCCGCUCUGGCAGCAGCGUCAGCUCCGACAGCCCCAACCAGACCAACAGCACCAACACGAGCACGGCCUCUGUGUCGUCGUCCGAGUUGUUGUCGGCCUUCUCCUCUCCGCUGUGCGGCGGACUGGAGACGCCGCCUCCGUCGCAUCCGUCGCAUCUGACGGCGACGUCUUCGCGUGUGGGCAAAUCGCGCGGGUCGCGACUCAAAGCUCUGACGCGCAGCCUGUCGCUGUCGCAGUACCUCUCGGCCGUCGAAUAUUCCUCCUCGUCCGUCGACUUGUCGGCCGACAGCGAGGCCAUUUCGCCCAUCUCCAUGGCCGCUCCGCUUUUGCUUCCUGGCGGCCCCCAUCCGGCCGCCUUCGGCUGUGAGAUUUGCGGCCAGAUUUUCGACCAGCACGACCGGCUGGUCAAACAUUUGACGUCGCGGCACAAGUUGCCCGUCCAACUGCAAAGGACUUCAGCCCUGCUCAACGGUGGCACCACCAGUGGCGCCACGACCCCAACCAUUUCAUCGUCGGCUGCUGCUGCAGCAGCAGCAGCUGGACCCGUCUCCUCGGCCGAUUCCGGCGUGGUCGUCAAGGGCUACCAGUGCGAAGUGUGUCAGCGGCCGUUUGCCCGCAGCGACAUGUUGACUCGCCACAUGCGGCUGCACACGGGUCUCAAGCCGUACACUUGCCGCAUCUGCGGCCAGGUGUUUUCACGCUCCGAUCACCUCAGCACCCACCAGCGGACGCACACGGGCGAGAAGCCCUACCGCUGCCCGCAGUGCUCCUACGCCGCCUGCCGACGCGACAUGAUCACCAGGCACCUCAGGACGCACACCCGCAGCGAAGACUUGGACCUGGGCCAUGUCUCCGAUCCACGGUGCAAAGAUUCCGGAUAAAAAAGAAAAAUUCCGGAAUGACAUCCCCCCCCCCACCCGUUUUUAAUAAUCUGUCAUUGAUUGGGUGUUUUUUUUUUUCUAUUAUUUGUGUGUGUCUUUGCUACACAUCUCGUUUGUUCUACUCGUUUCUUUUUGGCCCCUCCCACCAAUAGGGAGGGUGGAUCCGGAAUGGAUUGCGGAUGGCUGAAUUCCAAUUCACAUUGCGGUUGUGUGUCUAAACAAAGGCAAGAAAGAUGGCGAUGAUGUUGUUGUUCCGUGAAAAAGAUUUCAUAUUUGGUUUUCCUAUUCUCUUCCGAAUGGAGGAUUGAAUAGAAAAGCGCAUUCAUCCGCAAUUUCUUGCGGUGGAGCUUCCGUUUUCUCCAUCGACAACAGCAACCAACUCUCCCAAUUUGCUCCAUUCCAAUUCGUUGACUCGAUGACCUGAGUAUCUCUCUCUCUCUCUCUCUCUCUCUCUGGGUGUGUGUGUGUGUGUGUAACUGUCUUUCCAUUUAUAACCUCCGCUGUUGUUGCUCUCACCAUCCGCUGGCCGUGUCUUAUUAUGUCGCCAUUUCGAUUAUUUGACCUUCUUUCCUCGUUUCCACUCCGCACAGACUCACGCAGUGAGUACACACACACACACACCACACGUAUUUUGAUUUUCCACCUCUAAUUAGCGAGUUGGAUGUAUUGAAAAAAAAAAAGAAAA